AUGGAUGAGCUACAUGAGGUCAGUUUUGUCAAUGAUGUGGGAUUCGCAAAGACCUGGGACAGACGACUGCCUCAGCCUGAUUCUGAUCAGAGCAUUGCUCACCUUGCGAGCCGGACCCUAGAUGAGAUCGAGCUAUUCGUGGAGGAAUUCUACAACAAUAAACCAAACAUACUUGGAACCCUAUCAACUACGUCCGACGUGUCAUCAUUUGACUCUCCUCAUCUCGAUGCGUCACUCGACUUUCUGCUACAGAAGGCUACAUCGCCAACGGUUCUCAUAAAGCAUUGUAUCGCCUUCUUUUUGUUGCAGAAAAUCGAUCCCUCCUCCAAUUUUGGAAAGUCGUUAUUGCCCAGAGAGUACAUCAUUCCAAACUCGACAGCGAGUCCCUCACACGAAAGCAGACAAGCAAUUUCUCAGAUUCGUGUUCUUAUGGCUAACACACGUUCCAAUCCCAACCAUGAUCAACAAUACGUUCUCCAACGUGAUCAAGUUGCAGGAGAGGCUGUCCGGCAAAUUGAGCAAGCUUUCCAGCCGUGGGCGCGCGGAGACUCUAGCAAAAGAUCGAGUGCUCUCAAAGGGGUCAUUAUCCAUCUGAGUGAGCUAGGCACUAAGCUCUUCAGCCAACCUUCCACAUUUGAGUGGCAGUGGGGCCGUAGUAACUCUCAUUCAACCCGUGCCACCGAUCUAAGUUCGAAUGGGAUCGUCGUGUUGCCUGGGAUCGACAAGACCACAGAUCAGAGGGCGGAACUGCUCACUGCUCCAAUCUGCUUGGUGAAACCUCGAACCGCAUCCUGGACAGAGCAGCAAACUAGCAGGUAG